UGCGCUAUUCUGCACACAAGGACACGGGAAACUUCCAUUAGUUUCUCCUAUCUGCUAAUAUUCAUUUCAGCAGUGGUCGUACCAGACAAGGAAUCAGUGUUGUUCAAAUUUCGAAUGCUUCAACGAAGUUACUCGGGCGAACUGACUUCGUCGUCGAAAUAGCAGAUGGCACAAAUCCUAGCUAACAGAGAGCGCACCGAGGGGCACAAUAAAUGAUUUUUGUUUUGUCUAUUCUGCGUUUUUACUCGCAGAUUCUAAUAACGGAAGAGCGUGACUACGUAGAUGGUUGAACAACUUAUUCAAAGCAUAUUAAUUUAGUCCAAGAUAUCAGCCGUAGAACUAGAACUAACGAUGGAACCUAUGGAAAGGAUCGACAAGGCUACACUCUUGCUGUACCUUAACCUCGGCGGGGAGAUGGUCUAUAUUCUUCAACAGAGACUCAGCGCGCAGAAGGUUGCUCAGGAGAAAAGUGGCAGGGUUCUUCAAGAGAUUAUCGGCUGUUUUCUUUGCCCUAGCACAAUGGGUGAACUUCUAAAGUUGGGGACGCUGACCCUAUCAUCCGCCAAGUUCAUCAAAUGUCUCUUUGAGCGCGUAGUCCACUCUUCUAUAAUGCGGCUGAACCGUGAAUCCAUGGACAAAUUGUACGAUCUAAUGACAAUGGUGUUCAAGUAUCAAUUAUUAAUGGUUCCUUCACCUCGCCAAAGCGUCGCCAUCACUCUUAACCACCUCGACACGGUUGAGACGUACGUUAAGGAAAAUCUCGAGUUAACUGAACGGAUAGCGUUGGUAAAGGAUAGUCUAGUGGAGAUCUUCUUCUCGACAUCGCUCGCCGAAUUUCAAACUGUCCGCUGUCAAGUUUUGACAUUUUUGCAAGAUCUUCAUGUCCGGAUUUCAAUGUUCCUCAAAUCCGGCGUCCAGAAACAAACUGGGGUAUUUUCAAUGCCGCUCUUUGGCUACGUGCCCGAGGGUUUUGAGGUGAACGGUACUAUACGCGAAUUUGGCUUGAAUGAAGCUCUUCUUAAGGAAUCUGCAUUUGUAACCGCAUCGCACUUUAGUGCCCACAAAGUUCCUUAUUGGAGCCGACGAGGAACAGUCCUCGGCACCAACAUGUACACCACAGCAUAUCAGCCCAAAUCGCCACCGCCCGAACUGGCUAUACCUAGUGGUGGAAAAGGUAAAAAAGGUAACCCAUCGAACGAGUUAAGCCUGUUGAUGCAACUUGUCAACCCAACGCUGUCGAAAGGAUCUAAAGGUCAAGACUGUGUGGCGCUUAAUCUCCUGGGAGAUCUGGCCUCGCCCUCAGACCUCCAAGGAGAAGUGCUUAGUCCUUCUACCAGCCAACAGGAAGAAACACUUAAGAUUAUCGACCUAACCUUAGAGGGACGACGGACAUCGAGCGGAGUUCCUGAGAAGGCUCUAGAAGAAAUCGAGUGCAAGGCGUUUACCCCACUUGAAGACACCCUCCUAGACAUGAUCGAUGCCAUCGACGCCCAAAGUUAAACAACGCUUUUGUAUCUCAUUAACAUUUUGCGCUAACGAUUUCGCAAAAUCGAAUCGUUGAUUGCUUAUUUUAUCUAGUUCAAACAAGUUUUCUUCUUGUAGCAGCUAGCCUCCUCUAAGUGUUGAACUUGACUGACAUACAGAUUUUUAUUCUAAUAUCGAACAGUAGCUUUAGCGUUCUGCCAAAUGCAACAUGAAAAACUUUCUACUCGUGUCAUCAAUCAAACGUGGCACCGACAGUUUUUUUAGACUCAUUCUUUUUCGUCUCAACCAACUAUGUUUCUUUAAUUUUUCGUAUACUAUACGUGAUUGGCUAGGCCUGAACUAUUGACCUCAGUCAGAGCUCUGAAUGUCCAUAAGAUAGGGUAGUUUCACGAUAAUAACAGUCACGUGUGACGGACUCAAACCAUACAUCUAUACGUUGCCGUCGUUCAAACUAUACAUAUAUAAUGUUACACUGAUAAUUAAGCAUGGCAGCAUUAUGAACUGCAGUCUUGGGUUAAGUGCUCGUUACUUGAGCAUAUACCGGUUCUUAUUCAUUCCGCUAAAACAGCGGUGAGUCACAUAGUAAGUUUUUCAAAGCCUUCAUAUAUCUGAGGUUUGAGCGGUUGACAACGGCUGCCUACAUAAAGGCAACGAACCAAGAUUUCGAAUCAGAUCUUGCGAAUAGUAUAGUCUCGAUAUGUAUACGAAGCGAUGCAUGUAAAACUAGAAAUUUCAUUGUGGAUUAAUCAGUACAGUAUAUAUGCACACGAACGUAUCCAUACGCGAAUAUAAUAUAUGGUAAAUUGUGAAAAUUAUACAGCCUCUGUUUAAACAGUACCACUUAGGUAAUAGUUAUUAAGAAUGUAUUACAUAGAAACACACGUGCGUAAAAGACCCAAAGGAAAGAUGAACAAAUUCGACAUAUAAUAUAAAACGCAAAAUAAUGGGUUAUUUUUUUUUGUAAAGAAGCAUAAAAUGGCCUUAUGAACUGUGCACUGUUUAACUAAUGUAUAUCUUAUGCGAAAUCAUAAGUUAACCGCUUAUCUGACGACGAUAAAAAUCAACAUUUUAUUGUGCCAUAUCGCAAUGUGGGACCCACGGGAGAAUUUUGAAUUUUGGCGGUUUUGAAGAUAGGGAAAGAUUUUCUCCCUAACAUAAAACUACACAUUGAAACCAGGCUGAAGUCAGUGUUUCAGUAACGUACCGCUCUUAUUUAUGAUUCACAAUGGCAAUGCGCAAAAAUGGUAACGCAUAGCAGGAAUUAUUAUUUAAUCAGUUAUUGAUUUUGUUCGAGGCUCGUGCUGGCGGACGCAGCAACAAAAUGGCGAACCAUCAUUGAUAAAGUGAAAUAAAUCGCUUUCGAAUUUGUUGAACUCCAAUCGUAUCGUUGUAAGCAUAUUUCAGAUAUCAGCAGAAUAGAGAGGGAUUAGAAUACGAUCGACUUCAAAAGAGUUUUUCUUUUUUCUACGAAGCGAUGAGCACAGUACAAGACCACAAUGGAGAUGCGUAGAAACAUACGUAACGUUACAACAAUCAUCUAGAGGGAGAGCGCACACCAUAUCACACAACGUUCUCACCAUUUAGCUCUGAUCCUUUUCUGAUGAAGGACGUCACUCUUCGGUACUUCAUGUAAGGCUGAAAGUCAAGUCGAAUAGGCCGCUGAGAAAAAAAGGUACUGAAGUAGC